AUGGGAUUGGACGUGGUGCUUGCAUCAAGUUAUUUUGCAGGUUGUGCUGGCAUUCUGGCACAUGUUGCAGACGUCUUGACAUGCUACAGUGCUCGUCCAGAGUUGGAUCAGCUCUUCCACACACCUGGCGACAUUCUCGACUUUCGCAAGGCUUCUGUCAUGAUGGCGGAAAAGACAACUUGGGAGCUUGCGGCAGGACAUGUGUUGGCGCUGAUCUUUAUCCCAAGUGGCUUUGCAGGUACCUGCUUACUUUACAAGGUCUUGAAGCCUCAGUACAGAUGGCUUCGCUGGCCCUUGGUUCUGUUGCUCUUCGCAUUCUAUGUGGCUGGUGCCUUGAUGCAUUGCUCCUUUACUUUUGUGGGCCUCCUUGCAAGUGCCCCUGCACGGGGACAUGUUGUACCAGCGGGCCUCUCUGCAGACUUCCAGCCGUUCUUUGAGAUUAUUUGCCGUCUUGUGGGGGAGAUUGCCAUGCUUCCAGGAUGCAUCUUCACCUUCAUCCUCCUAGCAGCCGGUGCGACGGAGCUUCCGCGCUGGACCGCGCUUCUCACGCCGGGCCCCCUGCAGCUGCUCGUCGCCGCCGUUGCUCCACACACAGCCUUGACUUUCCGAAUGUACAUGCUGGUCAGCAUUUACAACCUCUCUAGUGGCAUAUGGCACCUCACGCUAGCCACAGCCUACGCGCUUGGCGGGAAGCGGAGUUCGCUCAAGGAGUCAUAG